CGGUAUCAUCCAACUCACUCGCUCGCUCGCUCACUCUCACCAAUUAAUUGGCUGAUUUGGGUUGUUGUCAUUUUGAUUAAAGUUGUCAAUAUUUUUCUCGCUCGUGAAAGUUUAUUUCGUAUUUAGAAAUGACGGACCAAGUAGUGGACAUUUCGGCUGAACAGCUGUACUGCAUUGUGCGGUGUCCGGUCUGUUUGGUCGUCCCCUUCGGCCCGAUAAGGACUUGUCAGAAUGGCCACGGAUUGUGUGAGGAGUGUACGUCUCAAAUCAACAAGAAGUGUCCCAUGUGUCGCUGCUGGUUUGGGGGUGUGGCUCGGAACGUGGUCCAGGAGCAGAUCAUUGCAAACGCCAAGUUUUUCUGCCCCUUGGAAUGUGGCGUGAAGCUGUCCGGCAGGGAGAUGCCGGCUCACUUGAAGACCUGCCCUUCAAAGGAGGACAAGUAAAUUAUUAACAUAAUUUAAAAUUUAUAUUUCUUCAUAAAGCUUUACCGAAAAUAUAUAAACGUUUGUACUCGUUGUAAA